CCGUUUCCUGCUCUGUUCUCCCGCCUCCGCAACCGCUCGUGGUCGUCUCGCCAUGGCACUUUCGCAAGGGCUGCCCCGGGAGCUCGCCGAGGCCGUGGCCGGGGGCCGCGUGUUGGUGGUGGGCGCGGGCGGCAUCGGCUGUGAGCUCCUCAAGAACCUCGUGCUCACUGGCUUCUCCCAUAUUGAUCUGAUUGAUCUGGAUACUAUUGAUGUCAGCAACCUCAACAGGCAGUUUUUGUUUCAAAAGAAACAUGUUGGAAGAUCAAAGGCACAGGUUGCCAAAGAAAGUGUACUGCAGUUUUACCCAAAAGCUAAUAUCAUAGCCUAUCAUGACAGCAUCAUGAGCCCCGACUAUAAUGUGGAAUUUUUUCGACAGUUUAUAUUGGUUAUGAAUGCUUUAGAUAACAGAGCUGCCCGCAACCAUGUAAAUAGGAUGUGCUUGGCAGCUGAUGUACCUCUUAUUGAGAGUGGAACUGCUGGUUAUCUUGGACAAGUAACUAUUAUCAAAAAGGGUGUAACCGAGUGUUAUGAAUGUCAUCCUAAACCAACCCAGAGAACUUUUCCUGGCUGUACAAUUCGUAACACACCUUCAGAACCUAUUCAUUGCAUCGUUUGGGCAAAGUAUUUGUUCAACCAGUUGUUUGGGGAAGAAGAUGCUGAUCAAGAAGUGUCUCCUGACAGAGCUGACCCUGAAGCCACCUGGGAGCCAAUGGAAGCUGAAGCCAGAGCCAGAGCAUCUAAUGAAGAUGGUGACAUUAAACGUAUUUCCACUAAAGAAUGGGCUAAAUCAACUGGAUAUGACCCAAUUAAACUUUUUACCAAGCUUUUUAAAGAUGACAUCAGGUAUCUGUUGACUAUGGACAAACUAUGGCGGAAAAGGAAACCUCCAGUUCCAUUGGACUGGGCUGAAGUACAAAGUCAAGGUGAAGAAACGAGUGCAUCAGAUCAACAAAGUGAACCCCAGUUAGGUCUGAAAGACCAACAGGUUCUGGAUGUAAAGAGCUAUGCAAGUCUUUUUUCUAAAAGCAUUGAAACUUUGAGAGUUCACUUAGCAGAAAAAGGGGAUGGAGCUGAGCUCAUAUGGGACAAGGAUGACCCAUCUGCAUUGGAUUUUGUCACCUCUGCUGCAAACCUCAGGAUGCAUAUUUUCAGUAUGAAUAUGAAGAGCAGAUUUGAUAUAAAAUCAAUGGCAGGGAACAUUAUUCCUGCUAUCGCUACUACUAAUGCAGUAAUUGCUGGGUUGAUAGUUUUGGAAGGAUUGAAGAUUCUAUCAGGAAAAAUAGACCAAUGUAGAACAAUUUUUUUGAAUAAACUACCAAACCCAAGAAAGAAACUCCUUGUACCUUGUGCACUAGAUCCUCCCAACUCCAAUUGUUACGUAUGUGCCAGCAAGCCAGAGGUGACUGUGCGGCUGAAUGUUCAUAAAGUGACUGUUCUCACAUUACAAGAUAAGAUAGUAAAAGAAAAAUUUGCUAUGGUAGCACCAGAUGUGCAAAUUGAAGAUGGGAAAGGAACAAUCCUAAUAUCUUCGGAAGAGGGAGAAACAGAAGCUAAUAAUCACAAGAAGUUGUCAGAGUUUGGAAUUAGAAAUGGUAGUCGGCUUCAAGCAGAUGACUUCCUUCAGGACUAUACUUUGUUGAUCAACAUCCUUCAUAGUGAAGACCUGGGAAAGGAUGUUGAAUUUGAAGUUGUUGGUGAUGCCCCAGAAAAAGUGGGACCCAAACAACCUGAAGAUGCUGCCAAAAGCAUAACCAAUGGCAGUGAUGAUGGAGCUCAGCCUUCUACGUCCACAGCUCAAGAGCAAGAUGAUGUGCUCAUAGUUGAUUCAGAUGAAGAAGGACCUUCAAAUAAUGCUGGUAUCAGUGAAGAGGACAGAAAUCGCAAGAGGAAAUUGGAUGAGAAAGAGAAUGUUAGUGUAAAGAAGUCACGUACAGAACCAACAGACGAGUUUGAUGAUAUUAUAGCAUUAGAUUGAACAGAAGUAUGCUUCUAAACAGAACCUUCUUAUUGGCAUUAAUUCAUCUGGACGGAACCAGAUUAUUUGUUAUGUCCUUUGUUCCAAAGGGAAAAAAUUCACACCAACGACUUGAAAAUUAUUCUACUCCCUUUGAAAGCAUUCAUUUUGGUAGAGCUAUUAGAAACAUUACAGUAUAUUGUAUUGAAAGUAGACAUAGUUUUAAAACCCUUUGAACAAAGUAUGUGUAUAAACAGUCAAGAAAUACAACAACAAUGCAUGUUGCCUUUUUAAUGUAAAUACCAUUAGGUAUCAUUUAAUAGUUUUAAAAUAUUGUGGUUUAGUAAAGUUGAUACCUGGUUAUAAAUAUUAUGCCUUUAUUUUUGGUUAGAAGAAGAGUUAUUUUUUAGCCUAGAUCUAACCAUUUUCAUACUCUGACUGAAACAGAUUCAAAGAAGUGCUAUGCAUUGCAACUUGUUUUUUAAAUGUUGACUGGCACUAUGUAUAUUACUGUAAAACAAUGUUAAUUUACUCACAUUUUCAGUUUGUACUGCUUGGUGUGUCUGUGUAAGAAGACAAUUUUUGUGUAUUGUUACAGUUUCAGGUUAUUUAUAUUUGAUGUUUUGUAAAACUCAAAUACAACUAUACUGUACUUGGACCAAAUAAAUGUCAUCUUCCUUGUUACA